AUCUGUUUAAUUCAUCAAUAACUUAACCUUCCACAACUUUAUUCACACAAAUUUUCGAUUUCAAAGGGUGGUGUUCUUCCUGGCAAUGGCCUUAACUUCCUCGGCAUUGAUAACGGAGCGGCACGAAGGGUUACUGGAUCGAGUUUGGGUGGCAGGUGUCAACCCAGGUGAGAUCCUCUUCUCUCACGUGGUGACCCAGUUCCUGGUCAUGUUCGGCCAAACGGUGCUGCUCCUCAUCGCCAUGUUCUGGAUCUUCGACCUGGAAUGCAAGGGUGACAUGUUCCUGGUCAUAUUUCUGUCAAUGCUCCAAGGACUGAACGGAAUGUGCUUCGGCUUCGUCAUCUCCGCAGUCUGCGAAUUGGAGAGGAACGCCAUACAACUUUCUCUGGGUAGUUUCUAUCCGACGCUUCUGCUCAGCGGCAUAUUGUGGCCGUUGGAGGGAAUGCCGGCUGCUUUAAUCAAAAUGGCUGAACUGCUGCCUCUCACCAUGGCCACGACGGCUUUGAGGUCGAUAAUGGCGAAAAACUGGUCCAUCACCGAGCCAGUCGUUUAUUACGGAUUUAUUUCUACGCUAGUUUGGAUUUGUAUUUUCUUGACGGUUAGUUUAGUACUUUUGAAAGCUAAACGGGGCUAGAGGCCUCCUUCACAAACUAUAUUCCUAACACUUUUACAAUCAAAUUUUAAUUAAAGACAAAAACGACUGCGAUUUUACUAAAUGUAAGCGAGAUUAGAUUUUUUAUUUCUCUUUUAUUUUUGUAUUGCUCAAACUUAUUAAUAAUAAGAAUGACUGCGACUAAAAGAACAAUUAACAAUUACACAACAAAAUUAAGUAAUUUUACUAAUAUGUAUGUAGUUGACUGAUUGCUCAGAGAAACAGCAUGUGGGUUACCCCUUUGACUCUAUGUAGUUGAUGUAGUUGUGGAUUAGGUUGAGGUUUGGUUGUUACCAAUUGAAAUACGUGCUACAGAAACAGGCUCUCUCUUAUAAAUACUUUUUUCCUUAAUUAAUUAGAUUUUGUAGUUUGUGUAGUUAGUUUAGAAAAUUGAAAUUGUCUGUAUAUAAAACUGGUUUUACUGUAUUUUAAUAAAAGUUUUUAAAUUAUU